AUGACUGUGACUUCUGCUUAUAUUGGAGUUCUUGUUCUCGCCUAUUGCACUUUUCAGCCCGUGAGUAGUGCAUGCAGUGAUUGUCCUUGCUGCCUCACAACUUAUAAGCAAUGUAUGGACAUUUGUGAAGACCCAAAUCAAUGUACCACCGUCUGCGUUACAAACAAGGAAAAAUGCGAAGAACAAUACUGCAAUUUAACAAAGCGGAAUCCGGAAGGUUGGAGACUAAAGGCAAAUGGUGAUUCUGUGUCGAUUCCAGACCUAAACAGCGAUAUUCCGCGGGGUGAUAAAGAGAAGCAACCAUUAAAAUAUUGGCUGGAUAUUAUUCUAGCAAAACGUGAAAAGUCCAUGAAGUAUUAACGCCAAAAAAUUCAUAGCUUGUAUUUUUUCAUCGUUAGCUUUCUCAGAAAUUUGUGUAACGAAGAGAUGUAACAAGAUGGUAGAGAUGCUUAUUAUUGUGCUAAGAACCUCCAUUACUGGUAAAAAUAAAGGUGUAUUUUGCCCAUGAAUCUGAUCUUUAAACUCGUCGUCGACAAAACACGUCGUUUAUGAUGUAGACGUUUCCAAUGUAACGUGUAGAGAGCUUCUGUAGCGGAGGAGUAUUUUUGUUCGUUAAGGAUGUUUAUCGCACUUUGUUUUUUAGGAUCGUACAUUAAAUUGGCAUUGAUUGUUUCUCUCGAAUAAUGCCACCACAGUCAAAGAGUGGAAGAAUCAGGGAAUGGUAGAGUGUCUAGCUACCAUGCAAAGCAAGAGAGCUCUGAUUCUCUUAAUGAGUCCAUGUCACAUGUUUCUCGUGCUCGUAAUCCCACUGAGUGUGGCACCCAAACAUUCAUUUGUUUAGAGGAGCUGGCUCCCUCAUGAGUGAUUCCGUGUCAAAAUACCGUGUCAAAUGCCUAUACAGUAUGUCAAAAAUUCCUACAGCAGAAGAAACUUUUGGUUUCCUGUCGUUAUGAAGGGGAAAGUUAUUCUUAUUUUGUCCAUCACAUAAGAGUGUACACCCAAAACUAAUUGCAGUACUUCUAAACUUAAUUCAUGCACGAUUUUACCGCUGUAGACUUGCCCCGCUCAAAAUACUAAAACGAGUCUGCAAAACCGUUCUUAAAAAACCGCUGUCUACAACGUCAAGGCAUGUAGACCGUUUUCAAGUCUGACACGACGCUUAGGUCUCACUUCGUGCAACUUAAAGACGCCCUAGAACCAACAAAACAAAACGGUGUCGUUUAUAGGAUCCCAUGUGAAUGCGGUAAAGUGUAUAUCGGUGAAACAAGGAGAGUCAAUGCGAGAAAGGAUAAAAAGAACAUGACAGAGGCAUACGGUUUGGUCGUACUCAGACCUCUGCGGUUUCGGAGUACGCUAACGUAACGGGGCAUAUUCCUAUUUGGAACAAGGUUAAGUUUAUUGAUCGUGACCCUUACUGGUACACACGUAGGGUAAAAGAGGCUGUCCAUUUAAGACCUCAUCCCAACUACAUCAAUAGGGAUAGUGUAAUCUAAAUUCCCGAAGCUUGGAUACUCACGAUCAAACAACACAACAGCCGAUCAUUGCAGACCUAUGAGGGAACACCAUCUAACAACUAUAUUUUAUUUAGAAACUUUCCCCCACUAUUCGUUGUUUAGUCCUUUUAGUUUGAAGCAAAAAAUUAACAUAAAACCCGUGCCAACAGAAAGAAAGUUUUGCAUCAUAUACAUGUACCACCAAUCAUGAAAGUUACUGUACAUACGGAAAUUCUUGGCUAACAGAGACGGCGGCAAAAACCACUCUUGUCUUCACCCGAUGUUAUUUUACUUUUUAUAGCACAUGAAUUGCUUUUCAGGAAUGUUUUGGUCUCAGUUGUUAUUUUAAAAUCUUUAUUAAACUCAUUCACCAACGCCUUAAUUACAUCUGUUUCACAUCGUUACCUUUCAAAGAAGUCAUCCGUCGGUUACCGCAAAUUAAACCAGAUUACUCUUGUUAUCACAAAAAAGAGAACAAAUUAAAAAGAUAACCCAAGACAACAACUUUCCUGGGACAUGCCGUUGAUUUAAUUUUAUUAACAUUUUACUACUCCAUAGGUCUAAAAGAAGAUAUCCAAUAUUGGAACAAAAGUAACAAAUAAAAUAUUUUUAUUUCAGCCUUACAAGUAAAAAAAAAAAAGGGGUCAAAAAGCAAACGUUUUCCUUUGCAAAACUAAGCAAAACAUCAAAUGUCGCCUGUUAAGUUUUGUUUUCAGUGACUUUUAUUUUUGAACACUUUUUGACUUAUUAAAAUGAUUCCAUGAGCAUCUUUACGUAUCAUAAAUUCCUGAUACUAUCGUAAUUUGUUUUAGAAGUACGAUUCUUCUCUACUCACAUGUACAGGCAUAUACGGUUUACCCGUGUACACAUAUUGCAGGUUUCACCAUUUUGGUCAGUCUUGACUUAACUGACUUAACUUUGUAGCUACUCAGAAGGCGUUUCGAUUCCUGGUUGAGAUAACAUUAAUAAUCCUUAAAGCACAGUCGCCAAAUCAGUAUUGGUAGAAUUUCUCUUAAGAUCAUUAUUUCCGUUUAAGGAUUAACCGUUAGUUAACACAUUGAAAUGACAAAAAUUGCACAAGCCUCAAAUGGACGUCUGGGAAACUUGGCUGAUGCCACACAGAAGAAUACUUAUAACUGUUUUUUUUUUUUGCUGCUUUUUUCAAAAAAUGGAGAAAACAUUCGUAUAAUUAAUCAUAUCAUUCGCUAAUUUCAACAAUUAAAUGAUUUAUUUCGCUUGUUUUGCCUUAUACAGUUAAAGUGAAAAAUCGAGAACAGGUGUAGUUGUACCCACGCUUCAGCCUUUGUUCCUUUAAAAAAUACAUAUGUUUCGAGCCAAAUUAAAAGUUAAAAAAGGCUGAUUUCAAUUAAGAAUACCACCUUUUGAUCCGAGCAAGGUGGAAGAAACCACACCAAUAUAUAUGUAGCUUUAAGCUACAGAUGUUAGCAACUUAGUAUAAAAGAGUUCGUUCAGAUUUGAAAAUUCAGACGCGAAGCAGUAGCAGAAAGACAAUAAAGGUUAAUUCACAGCACUGAAAAUGUCCCAAUUAUUGUUAUGGUAAUGUUGAAUGUUUUUCUGUUUACUUCAGUAACUGCUAUUCGAGGAAAUGGAGAAGGACAAGGCAACUUUUCUAAUGAUGGUAAAAAACGUAUUUUGGUUUUUGUUUUGUUUUUUGUUCCUUAUCGGAUUGUUUUUGCGUGCUAA